GGUGUGGAAGUGUGUAAUCAUUUUUAUUAUCAACAAGCGGGGGAAAUAGAACAGAGAUGCUCGUAUGACAGACAGUCUUUUUGAUUGUGCACAAACCAAGUACUAAAAACAAAAGUCGGACCUAACUUUCAAGAAGAUAAUCAAUUGAUCGGACUCACCUCUUCUUCUUCUUCUCUCUCUACCCACUCAAUCGAUUCAGUUCGAUCGUACCUCGUCGUCGACUUGAUUGUCGUCGUCGUAGUAUCGUUCGAUCAUUACAAAAGAUUGAAGGUGUGAUGACAACCCUUUGACACAUCUUCAGAACAAUAAUACUUGUAAACACUCGGGAACCUUUUUGAACAUCACCAACUACAUCAACAAAGGUACCAUAAACAUAGAGGCGGCUGCUAUGCCGCGUGGUCAAAAAGGUCGUCGAGCUGGCGUAGCCAAAGGCUCGUCUGCUGUAAGCGGAAGAAGGGCCGCCGCUCAAAAGAAUGUCGGAGGAGAAAGAGUAACGAGAAGCAGUCGUGCAAAGUUGAACAAUGGCUUAGAAGAUCCGGCUCAAGUUGAAAAAGAGCUCAACGCUCAACUACGAUCGAUGGGAUUGUACGCUGCCAAUAUCACAGGAGAUGGAAAUUGUCUCUUUCGUGCUUUGUCCGAUCAACUUUACGGGUAUCCGAAUCAACAUGCUAUCUUACGUCAAAGCGUAUGCGAUUACCUAGAAUCACGUUCGGAUAAAUUUGCCGCCUUUAUUGAUGUUGAAAAACCGUUUGAAGAUUAUGUCCGCUCCAUGCGACAAUCAGGCACCUACGGAGGACAUUUAGAACUUUCAGCUUUCGCUCAUCUAAAACAAAAAGAGAUCAAAAUCGUACAGCCCGGACUUGUGUACGUGGUAUCUGGAGAUGACGAGUCCCCCCAAGCAAUACAGGAACGUGAACGAAAGGAACACGAAAGAUUGAUGGCACAAAAUCGCAGUGAACCUGGAUCAGAAGGUCCACCGCCAAGCGAACGUGCAUUAAGACGAAUGAGAAGGGCAAAGAAAGGCGGUGAGCCUGCUCCAGAAGUGAUCGGUCUAUCUACAAGUACAUUGUCUACUGCAUUCGUGGCAGCAGAUCGACCUGUCAAUAAUCGUGCAUCUUCACCAAUCGCUUCGGAGAGUACAGAAAGCGUAAACGAGGUGGAUAGACAGACAGCGUUGGCAUCAGCUGCUGAAAAUGUUGAUGCGAGAAAUGUACCUUCAACCAGCGCUACAAUCACUACUCCUCCACCUACGCAGAUCUCACAAAUUGAAGCAUAUGGUCCUUUGUGGAUAGCUUACCAUAAUUGGGAACAUUAUUCUUCUAUACGAAAUAUCAAUGGCCCUCACGCGGGUCUGCCGAGAAUCAAUGAAGGACGAACUUCGGUAAGUGGUCAAUCUGCAACACAGCAUGGUGCAUCAAAUGGGGCUCCCGCACAAGACGAUGAAGAAGAAGAUUCCGAGCCCACAACGGAGGAAGCAUUGGUCUUGAGAAGUACUCGUGGGUAUACUCUACAACAGGUUCGAUUCUACAUUAAAAGACAUGGAGGAUGGGAAGAAGCCUUGGAAGCAAUUUUGGCGAACGAGACUGUAGCGGAUGAAGAAGGAGAACAGUCUUCUGAUCAUGACGCAAUGGCGGAAAGUCAAUCGACCAUGCUGGCAAUGCGACCACGAUCGAUUGCUCGUUCUGAUACAAUGGGCAGCAGCAAUGUUCCUACACCUCUUGGUGAGAGUACGGAUGUGUCUGCACGUACAUCUCAUUCACCUAUGCCGGAUCAUAUGCGAGAUUGGAGAGCGGUAUCUCCUUCAUCUGUUGAUACGGUCGGAACACAUUCGAGUGUAGAAGGUGCAUCUGCAUCCACGCAUGCUACAACAGAUGACUCCCCAGAAGCAAGCGGAUCAAAGUUGAAGUAUUCGAGUGAUGUACGAAGAAGCAAGAGAAAUGCAUCAAAGGAUCCAACAUCAUCUCUUCGCAGCCCCAAAAGACGUUCCCGUAGCCGCUCACCAAUGCAAACAGGAGAAAAGGGCGGUAGUCAUACACCAGAUAUUGUCGGAUCCGUGGCAGCCAAUGCAAUUGCCAAUAUUAGCGUGCAUAGUGGUGAACAGACUCCUUCUGAUUGGGCUGAUUAUGCAUCUUCCCCUCUUGGUCGAAUUUCGGCUGAUGAAGGAGAAUCGACUAGUCUUGCACAAUCCAACAAGCGAACUAUUCGUCAUACACGAACAGCAUCGCGAGAAGAUCCGGAAAAGACACCGAGAGCAAAGACAACAUUGACACCAAGACCGGUGACGAGAAAUUUAAGCAUGCAUGAGAGAAAAGAGUUACGUAAAGCGGAAAAAGUACGUAAAGCUCUUAAUGCAAAGGCGAAACGAGAGCAAAAGCGAACAGGUCAAGGAUCUGAUGAUGAAGGUGAAGGCGAUCGGACAAACAUUCGAAACAAAGGUCGAUCAGGUCGACCGGAUAUGCUCAGUCAUCACGGUGACGUGAAAGGCUUUUUAGAGCUCAAGAUCUGAUAAUCUCAAAAAAUGAGAUUUGAUUUAUUUUUCGUUUGUCUUCCUCUUUAUAUCAUCUUUUUACGACCAGUCACGAAUAUGCACGCAGCCUUUUCUUUUCAUAUAACAUUCAUACAACACCUU